GUUUGUGCAUUUUCAAACACUAGGAGCUGAAUGUAAAUCUUUGAGCGACGCCAGCCGGAAAAAAUCUCAAAGGAUUUCCUCGUACUACCAUAGCCAUGGACGCUCCCAUCUCGCCGGCGCCAACCCCGAAUCCGCCCACAGAGGCUGCCAAGGAGCAGAACAGUUCCAACAACACGCAACAGGCCACCACAGUCGCUACGCCGGGAGCAGCAGCAACCGGAGCCACUGCCGUCCAGUCCGCUACCGUGUCAACACCCGCGGCCCAGCAGCAACAACAGCAGCCGCCCGCCAAAAAGGUCAGCGGGGAGACCAGUUCGCUGCCCACGCGACAGUACCUGGACCAGACUGUUGCCCCCGUCCUGCUCCACGGCCUGCAGGCGCUUGCUCGUGAGCGGCCAACGGAUCCCAUUCAAUUUCUAGCCUCCUACCUGCUGAAGCACAGCAACGGCUGCGAGGAGAACAACGGAACUGUGGCGGAGAACAACCCAUAGGCUCUCCAUUCCUCUCCCUCCUUUUCUUCAUUAGGUGUGUAAGUGAUUGUGUGCAGAAAUAAACGUUUAAAAUUAGUA